AUGUGGCUGGACCGCAUCUCGGGUCAUUCCAUCCCAUCGGGCGCUCCGUUUGAUAGUCGCAGUAAUUCACCAGCUCCUCGGAGAUCGCCCUCUUACCUGUCUCCUGCUCCCUCGAGCCAUCGUCCCGGUCCUAAUCGGCAGGGCUCCUCUUUAUCGUUACUGCUGACACCGAGCGACUCGACUACAUCCCUUUCGGCAACCGCACGUGAGGGUAAUGGGUCAGUUCUCAAACAAGGCGCGGCUGCAAGGUCCCGCCCGUCUGACGUAGCUGAUCCGCUCGAGGUGUUGCAGAGUAUAAUUGGAAAGCAGAAGGGGGGCACGCUGGAGACUGCUGCUGCUACAUCGGUAUCGCCGCAAUCAGGAAAACCUCCGACGCUGGUUGAAUCAAUAGAUUUCGGAGGCCUCAGUCUGGAGGAGUUCGCAUCCCAAGUAGACGAGCCACGCACGACAUCCUCAACCGAAGUCAGUGCCCAGACAAUCCAGCAAUUUGAGAAGGAAAGAGAUAAAUUCCAGGAUCUACACUCUGCUAUCACGAGCUGUGACGAUGUCUCCAAGUCAGUUGAGGUGUAUCUGAGUGAUUUCCAGAGCGAGCUUGGUGCCGUUUCUGCUGAGAUUGAGACACUCCAGACCCGAUCUGUACAACUGACUGCGAUGCUGGAAAAUCGGCGCAAUGUAGAGCAACUUCUUGGCCCUGCCGUGGAGGAGAUUAGCAUCUCACCGCGAGCUGUUCGGCUGAUCGCCGAGGGACCCAUUGAUGAGAACUGGGUCAAGGCCUUGAGUGAGAUCGAGGCGCGCACAGCAAGUAUAGAAGCAAAGGUUUCUAGCGGUGGUAGCACGAAAUCAAUCGAAGACGUACGCCCAUUAUUGAGCGAUAUCAAAGACAGAGCAAUAGAAAGAAUCAGGGACUAUCUGGUGUCUCAAAUCCGAGCGCUCCGCUCCCCGAACAUCAACGCCCAAAUUCUACAACAGCAACGCCUGGUCAGAUUCAAGGACAUCUAUAGCUACAUCUCUCGAGCUCACCCGCAACUUACGGGAGAAAUCACACAGGCAUAUAUUAACACCAUGCGAUGGUAUUACCUUUCGCAUUUUACACGCUACUUGCAAGCUCUCGAGAAGAUCAAAGUCUACCCAAGCGAUCGAAAUGAUAUACUCGGAGGGGACCCUUCUGCGCAGAAAUCAGGGCAUAUCAUCACCGGCCGCUCCGGCUCAGCAGCACACGAUCCGUUUUCUCUUGGCAGGAGGAUUGACAUCCUGCGAACCAGCAACCACAUGGCCAUGUCGGCAUAUCUGGCCGAGGAGGAUAAGUCGUUCCAUGGAAUCGAAGUUCCUUUCCGUAACUUCAACCUUGCUUUGGUGGACAAUAUCUCCGCCGAGUAUUCUUUCAUGACCGAGAUGUUUUCGACAUUGUCCUUUCAUCAGAUCUCUCGCAAGGCGGUUGAGAUCUUCGAACCAGUCUUUGCAGUCGGUCAGAAUCUGACCAAGCAGCUGAUCGAGAAUUCGACGGACUCGCUGGGAGUCUUGAUCUGCGUGCGAUUGAACCAACAUGCGGCCUUUGAGCUGCAACGGCGGAAGGUGCCAGUGGCCGAUUCCUACGUCAACGGGACCAACAUGCAGCUAUGGCCGAGAUUCCAGGUGAUCAUGGAUCUUCACCGCGAGUCCCUGAAACGGGUAGCUUCCAACACGGGUCGAAGUGCUGUUUCUGCGUUGUCGUUAGCAGGUGGCGAUGACUUGACCAAAUCGUCUGCACCGCACUUCCUUACACAACGAUUCGGCCAGCUCGUGCAUGGCAUUCUGGUUCUUAGCAGCGACGCCGGGGAUGACGAGCCAGUCUCGAACAGCUUGAAACGGCUGACCUCCGAAUUCGACAAUCUCUUGACCAAAUUGAGUCGGAGUGGCGGAGACGCGAAGAGGAGGGAGCGAUUCCUAUUUAAUAAUUAUUCUUUGGUCCUGACCAUCAUUAGUGAUACCCAAGGCAAGAUGGCCACCGAGCAAAAAGAGCACUUGGAUGAGAUGCUCAAGAACGUCGGAAAACGAGGCUAG